AUGAUGCUAUUUGCCAUUUUAUGGUGUUUAUCUGUUCUCGCAACACUUUCCUUUGAAAAUGAGACGAUUGUGUUUUCACGUGGUGAAGCUGGAUAUUACUGCAUUCGAAUUCCAUCUCUUUUAACUACAAUUCAAGGUACUUUAUUAGCAUUUGGCGAAGCAAGAAUGUUUAAUUGUCAUGAUAAUACUCAAAUAGAUAUUGUUUUCACCAGAAGCAUUAGCACGAUACAAGAUUUGUAAGUUGGGCCAUGUCGUUCCAUUAUCUAGCCUUCUUUUGCUAGCCAUGUCGAUG